AUGUCCACGAGGUUUCGCGUAUACGAGGUGGGCUCGCCGCAGGCUUCGGCGGCUGACAUGGCGGCUAUCAGGGCGAUCUUCACGGCGGCGCUGCUGCCUAUUCCGGCGAACAAGCCGAAUGCGUGCGCGUGGCCCGGCGUGUCAUGUGCCGUGAACGGCGCUGUUUUUUCUCCUAACUUCCCUCCUACUGCCCUUCUCUUGCCCCUCUCUGCUCUCCCGUUCUUCACUUUCCGUUCACCUCCCCUUCCCCGCCUCACAGGCUCCAUCCCCACCUAUUACAAGGCCCAUCAAGCCCUCACCUUCCUCAGCUCUAAUUCUGCUUUCUCACCACUCUCUCUUACCACUCUUUCUUCCCGCCUUCUGCCAGGCCCAUCAAGACCUCGCCUCCAACGCCCUCUCCGGCCCGCCCACCCCUCUUUCGCCCCCUUCUCUCCUCCCCCUCCUGCUCCCCUUCCCUCCUGCCCCGCUCUGCUCUAA